GCAGCCCCUGCGAACAAGUCGUCGGCCAAGGGCAAGAAGAAGUGGUCGAAGGGCAAGGUCAAGGACAAGGCGCAGAACGCCGUCAUCUGCGACAAGCCGACCUUCGACCGCAUCAUGAAGGAGGUCCCCACCUUCAAGAUGAUCUCGCAGUCGGUCCUCAUCGAGCGCAUGAAGAUCAACGGCUCGCUCGCCCGCGUCGCCAUCGCUCACCUCGAGAAGGAGGGGCUCAUCAAGCCGGUCAUCCACCACCGCGCCCAGCUCGUUUACACGAGGACGAGCGCCGACGUCGACGCCUAA